CUCCGUUAGAGCAACUUUGUGUCCCUGCACAUCCGUCUCUGUCUCUGUCUCUCUCUCUCUCUCUCUCUCUCUCGAGUCCGGCCCGCAGUGGGGGUAGCAGCAGGCUGGGAGUGCGUCCUCCUCCGGUGCAGUCCGGUCCGCUCAAGUUGCAAAGCACCGACUCUGCUGUGCAGACAUGGCACCUGUCCUCCAAAUGUUGGCCGUCAUCAUGGCAGCAGCGCUCCUGCAAACUGCGACAUCGGCCCACCUCAACGACACCAUUUUUGCAGUGACUGUGAGCUCCCAGGUGAGAGGGGGAAAACAGGAGACCCUGUGUGCCCAGAUCCACGGCCCCACAGAGCCCGUCUCUCUGACCGUCGCCCUCGAAAUGGACUCUGGCAGCACCGUCAUCCUGGAGGAGGCUGUCAAACAGGACUUCUACCGCUGCUUAAGCUUCCAGGUCCCUACAGUGCGCUCCAGAACUGUGGCGACCAUUAAUGUCACUAUUGAGGGUGAGAGCGCCUCGAUGACCAAGAAAACCAAAAUCCUCAUCGAGCCUCCUGCUUUCAUCCACAUCAUCCAGACUGAUAAACCGAUCUACAAACCUGGACAGACUGUUCAGUUCCGAAUCGUCUCCAUGGAUGCCAAUUUCCUCCCCGUAGCUCGAGUGUACAAAGUGGUGGAACUCCAGGAUCCCAAUUCAAAUCGCAUUGCACAGUGGUUGGAUAAGUCCAUUGUUAGUGGUAUCCUUGAUCUUUCCCACCCCAUGAUUCCUGAGGCGGCACAAGGAAGCUACACGAUCACCGCCUUCACAAACAAAGGAGAAAAAGUAUCCCACAGCUUUGACAUCAAGGAAUACGUUUUGCCAAAGUAUGAAGUUAACGUUCACCUACCCAGUGUGAUCACCAUUCUGGACCAAGAGGCAACGCUAAAGAUCUGUGGAAAAUACACCUAUGGGAAACCAGUUGUUGGUUCAGUGAAAGCUGUGUUUUGUAGAAAUGCCAUGAGGUUUUAUUGGUAUUCACGUUCCCAAGAAAGUGACCUCUGCAAGACGUAUGAACUGACAACGGAUAAAAGUGGUUGUGCUACACAAAUUGUGAACUUGACGGAGUUUUCCCUCAACAAGAGCAUGUACGAUGACCAUUUCGAUGUGAAUGCUGAAAUGGAGGAAUAUGGAACAGGGGUCAUUCUUAAAGGCAGUGGGCGGACCAGCUUCAGCAGUCACAUCAGGACUGUAACCUUUGAGGAUGUACCUGCAGCUUACAAGCUUGGCAUCCCAUUCGAGGGAAAGGUCAAAAUGACCGGUCCAGACAGCAAACCCGUCGCCAAUGAGGCAGUGUACCUGUUUGUCGGUGACUCUCAGAACUUAACGCUGACUACAGACAUGAAAGGCAUGGCUUCAUUUUCUUUGGACACGGCCCUCUGGACGGAAACUGUGAUUCUAAAGGCAAGGUCUAGAAAGACUGAGGAGAACGAGCCGUAUGUGGCCAAUUUGCGUAAGCCAGAGUACAAGUCGGCCUACCACCAAGCUGCAGCAUUUUACUCCAAGAGCAGUAGCUUUUUGAAGCUCAUGCAGGUCAACGGGAAACUCUCCUGUGACAAAGAUGCGACUGUCCGUGCUCAGUACAUCAUCCAGGGGGAGGAGCUGAAAAAGGGACAGGAAGUCCUCGACUUCUUUUACCUGGUGAUGUCCAGAGGUGGAAUAGUGCAGCACGGUCACGUCCCACUGGCUGUUAAAGCAGGAACUGUCAACAAAGGAGAGUUGUCCAUAUCACUCCGUCAGGUUACAAACCUGGCACCGUUUGCCCAAGUGGUAGUUUACACUGUGAUGCCCAGUGGAGAGGCUGUGGCUGAUAGCCAGGACUUCCCCAUUCAACUCUGCCUCAAUAACAAGGUGUCCAUGAGGUUCUCCUCCCUCCAGCAUCUUCCGGCAGAGAACACCAUGCUCGCUCUCAAGGCUCACCCAGGCUCUAUGUGCUCGGUCAGAGCCAUCGACCAGAGCGUCCUCCUGCUACAGUCAGAGCAGGAGCUCACUGUUGACUAUGUGUACAGCCAGCUGCCUUUGCAGAAGCUGUCAGGAUACAACUAUGAGGUUGAAGACUUUGAGCCAUAUCCCUGCUUCCCUGUGCCAAUGCCAGAGCCCGGGCCCGAGCCCGAGCCAGAGCCCGAGCCAGAGCUGGAGCCAGAGCUGGAGCUUGAGCCUGAACCAGAAGUCGAGCCAGAACCGGAGAUUGUGGUUGACAUUGAUGCAGCUGGUCGAAAAAAACGCUCCAUCUACUUUAGACCGCCCAAUCAGAAGAAUGAUGUCUACAACAUCUUUAAAGAAAUCGGAAUCAAAAUUGUGACCAACUCUGAUGUGAAAAAACCUUAUAACUGCCUUGAAAGGAAAUAUGAUUUAAUUUACUAUGACGAUGCCGUUGACUCUCCGGUUCCCAUGGCCUUCAACAUGAUGCCUCAGGGUUCAAGUGGCGCGCUGAGAGGUAAAGAGGAGGAGAAGAAGGAGACCGUCAGGACAUUCUUUCCUGAGACCUGGAUCUGGGACCUAGUUACUGUGGGAGACAGCGGGUCAGUGAUAGUGGAAAAGACAGUCCCCGACACCAUCACGAAGUGGACAGCUGGAGCUUUUUGCGUGUCCUCCGUGGGCUUCGGCGUGUCUCCCAACAUUGGACUGACCGCCUUCCAGCCAUUUUUUGUCAGCCUCACCUUGCCCUACUCUGUCAUCCGAGGGGAGGUGUUCACACUCAAAGCCACUGUCUUCAACUAUCUCUCCAAAUGCAUUAUGGUGAAGAUUACACUGGCUGAUUCAGACCAGUACACCUUCAGAGACUGUGAAGGCUGCCAGUACAGUGUGUGCCUGUGUGGGGAGGAGAGCAGGACCUUCUCAUGGAUUGUAACUCCAACUGCCCUAGGUCAGGUGAAUCUGAAGGUCAGCGCAGAGGCCCUGAAGACCGACAUACUGUGUGGCAACGACGUGGCCACCGUCCCCGACAUGGGCCGAAUCGACACAGUGAUCCGCACCCUGCUGGUGGAGGCUGAAGGAACACCACAGAUGGUCAGUCAUAACGCUCUCCUCUGCCCUGCAGAGGGGCCUGUGGUGAAGAAAAUCUCUCUUCUGAUGCCUGAGAUGUUUGUGGCUGGGUCAGCCAGGGCCUCCGUCUCUGUACUGGGUGACCUGAUGGGCCGGGCCAUGAAGAACCUCGACAAGCUCCUGGCCAUGCCGUACGGCUGCGGGGAGCAGAACAUGGUGCUGUUUGCUCCCAACAUCUUCAUCCUCAAUUACCUAAAAAGCACAGGUCAGCUGACCACAGAGAUUCAGGACAAAGCAACACGUUUCCUGGAGAGCGGAUAUCAGCGGGAGCUUACCUACAAGCAUGAUGACGGUUCCUACAGUGCCUUUGGGAAGAGUGACGACUCUGGAAACACCUGGCUGACCUCUUUUGUGAUGAAGUCCUUCGGCGGGGCGAGACCAUACAUCUUCGUCCAUAACAAGCACAUUAAAGAUGCCAAGAGGUGGCUGUCCAGAAACCAGCGCCCUGACGGCUGCAUCCGAUCUGUGGGGAAGCUCUUCCACAACGGCAUGAAGGGAGGAGUGAGUGACGACGUGUCCCUGACGGCCUACAUCACCGCCGCCCUGCUGGAGCUGGACGCCAACGUCACGGACCCCAUGGUACAGAGCUGCCUGAACUGUCUGAAGGAAGCCGUGGCCGGCCCGCUGGACAACCUGUACACCACCGCCCUGCUGUCCUACACCUUCACUCUGGCUGGAGACCAGGACACGAGGAGCAAACUCAUCACGUACCUGCACCAGAAGUCCAACACACGGGGUGGAACUCGUCACUGGGACAGAGCAGGGGCUUCUGGGAAAGGCUUGGACUCCCUGGAGGUGGAGAUGACCUCCUACGUGCUGCUGGCCCUGCUCUCCGGUCCAGCCAUGCCAGACUUUGGUCUGGAUUACUCUUCCAGCAUCGUCCGCUGGCUCGCUCAGCAGCAGAACCCGUACGGUGGCUUCUCUUCCACACAGGACACCGUGGUGGCCCUGCAGGCUCUGGCUAAGUACGGCGCUGCCACCUACAGCGCGGAGGGCAGCACUACAGUGACGGUGACGUCGUUGGGAGGCCUGAACAAGGAGUUCACGGUGGAUCAGAGCAACAGGCUGCUGUACCAGGAGGAGAAGCUGAACGAGGUCCCCGGGGAGUACGCGGUCCAAGCCCAGGGACAGAGCUGCGUGCUGGCACAGAUCUCCAUGCAUUACAACGUCCCCCCUCCCCCCGACUUCUCUGCCUUCAACAUCUCCACCAACACCAUGGCCAAAUGCAACACCAGCAGGCCUCAGCUCAUCCUCUUCGUGCAUGUCAGGUACCAGGGCAGGAGAGAGGAAACGAACAUGGUCAUCAUCAACAUCAAGCUGCUGUCUGGUUACAUUCUGGAUAAGAGCUCCCUGAAGCUGCUGAAGAGCGACCGCUCAGUGAAGCGCGUGGACGUGGAAGAAGGAUUCAUCAACAUCUACUUAGACGGGCUGAAGAAGGAUGAGACGAAGAUCUACAGUGUGACAGUGGAGGAGGAUCAGCCCGUCAGGAACCUGAAACCAGCCGUGGUUAAAGUCUACGAUUACUACCAGACAAGUGAUGAGGCCGUCACUGACUACACCUCCCCCUGUGCAGAGAGUGACACCAUCAACGAGCUGUAAAACCCUCGUGGAAAUCCUGCGGAAAGCCCCGCCGGGACUUCUUUCAGUUGGAAGAAUCACUGUGUCAGAGAAAGAAACUUCUAGAUGUGUAUUUUUUUUUCUUUAGACUGUUUAAUUUUUUUUUUUUUUACUCCUUUUUAAACUUUUUUAGCUGUGUUUUAUUGUGAGUGAAUCCCACUUUUUGUGUAAUUUUAGGAAAAAAUUUUGACUUUUCUUUUUUGAUUGUUGCUGUUCCGCGGUAGGCUCGUCCUCCCACGACUGUUAGUAAUGAACCAUUAAUCAGUCAGCGUGAGAAUCCACACAAUUGUCACUGCUGUCUCUCUCCUCAACACUGGAACCUUCACAUUGUAACCCGCAGGGCUCAAGAAAAGCAGCCGAUAUUCUGUAACAGUUCUGUUUUUAAUAGAUUUGACAAAAUCCAUAUUAUUCAUACGUGAAAGCAACGCAUGAGACAUACAGGGUACCAAUAACACAGUAUGGUCCGAGUAUUGAUUGUUUGUGUGUGUGUGUCUGUGUGUGUGAAACAGGAUCUACUUUCUAGAAAAACAAAAAGUACAGUCUCAUGAGUGCUAGGUGAGUUAUUCUGCGUGUGUGUGCAGAUGUGUGUGUGUUCUGCUGUACCAGUAAAAAAAAAAAAAAACAGGUAGAUUGAUACAUCACUACCAUACAAUUUGAAAUGUAACUGACUGACAAUAAAAUUUCUAAAAUGACAAAAAUAAGUAAAAA